AUGUCCGAGAGUACUUCAGAUUUGGAAGGUCAAAAGAUCGUCUACGAGACUGACCCUACCACGAAGGGGAGAGAUGAUAAAUUCGCACAGCGUACCAAGAAAAGGUUCGACCUCGGGUUGCACAACUGGAAAAUGCACGCUAUUGCCGCAUACGGUGAAUUCUGCGGUACCUUCAUGUUCCUGUGGUGCGCGUACGUCAUUUGUAACGUCGCCAACCGCGCAGUCUCUGUGGUGGACAACGAGGACAGGAAACUGAACUCGCACCCAGGGUCUAUCAUCAUGAUCGCCAUCGGGUUCGGGUGGUCGGUUAUGUUCUCCAUCUGGUGCUUCAUGGGCGUCUCUGGUGGUGCCCUCAACCCAGCAGUGUCGCUCUCUCUGUGCCUCGCGAGGAACGUCACCCCAAUUAGAUGUCUCGUCAUGUGGAUCUCCCAGAUGGUCGCAGGGAUGGCCGCAGGCGGGGCCGCAUCGGCAAUGACGCCAGGGCCAGUGCUGUUCACAAACGGUCUCGGGUUGGGGUGUUCCCGCACGAGGGGGCUGUUCUUGGAGAUGUUCGGUACCGCAAUCCUGUGCCUCACCGUGCUUAUGACCGCCGUCGAGGAACGGGAAACUAACUUCCUCGCAGCAUUGCCCAUCGGUGUCUCCCUGUUCAUCGCCCACAUGGCACUCACUGGGUACACGGGGACUGGGGUCAACCCAGCACGUACAUUCGGUGCUGCCCUCGCCGCCAGAGAGUUCCCAACGUACCACUGGAUCUACUGGAUCGGACCACUACUCGGCGCAAUACUCGCCUGGUCCAUCUGGCAGAUCUUGCAACUGGUCAACUACACCUGGUACGUGGCCAAGGAACACGAGAAAUGCGACCUACCACAAGAAUGA